UUUUGUUAUGCAGCGAAUUUCGAAGCCUCAGUGACAAAGUACCAUAAAAGACCAAUUCCUAAACCCCCGGCGCACAAUGUCGAACGUGGUAGUGUUGGACAACGGCGGCGGCCUCAUAAAAGCCGGCAACGGCGGCGAGCGAGACCCCACAUGCGUAGUCCCAAACUGCACCGCCCGCCCCCCUUCCUCCAAGAAAUGGCUUCUCGCCGACCAACUCCUCUCCCCAACCGAAGACCUCACCUCCGCCACUCUCCGCCGCCCCAUCGACCGCGGCCACCUCAUCAACCCCGAUCUCCAGUCAUCCCUAUGGGCCCACCUCUUCACCAACCUUCUCAAAAUCCACCCGCCCAGCUCCGCCCUCCUCCUCACCGAACCCCUCUUCACUCUCCCCUCCAUCCAGCGCUCCGUCGACGAAAUCAUCUUUGAGGAAUUCAAUUUCAAAGCUCUCUUCGUCGCCGAUUCACCGUCGCUGGUGCAUCUGUACGAAGCCUCGAGACGGCCUUACGGGCUGGUCUCGAAAGCGCAGUGUAGCUUGGUGGUGGAUUCCGGGUUUAGCUUCACACACGCGGCACCCGUAUUCCAGAAUUUCACGCUGAACUACGGCGUGAAGAGAAUGGAUCUCGGCGGGAAGGCGUUGACGAAUUAUCUGAAGGAGCUGGUUAGCUACAGAAGUGUGAAUGUAAUGGAUGAGAGUUUCAUUAUUGAUGAUGUGAAGGAGAAGCUCUGCUUUGUUUCUCUCGAUGUGCAGAGAGACCUCAACUUGGCUAGGAAACCUGGAAACGACAAUAUAUUAAGGUGUACAUACGUACUUCCUGAUGGUAUCACAUAUAUGAAGGGUUUUGUGAAAGAUCCAAAUGAAGCAAACAGGUACCAAACCCUAAACUUGGAUCAUGGAGAAACAGAUUAUAUGGAGCGGCAAGUUGUUAACGAUAAACCCCAGGAUAAGAGAAACAUGGACCUUACAAAAACUGAAUUUUCGUUGUCGAAUGAACGGUUCCUUGUUCCGGAGAUGAUAUUUCGACCAGCUGAUCUGGGAAUGAACCAAGCAGGACUCGCAGAAUGCAUCGUUCGAGCUGUUAAUUCAUGCAAUCCUCUCCUUCACCCCGUGCUUUACGAAAGUAUUACUUUGACUGGUGGGAACACGUUAUUUCCUGGAUUUGCUCAACGACUAGAAAAGGAGCUUCGACCUCUUGUCCCCGAUGAAUACAAAUUGAAGAUAACAACUUUAGAAGACCCGAUAUUAGGUGUUUGGCGUGGUGGAUCGCUAUUAGCAUCGAGUCCUGAUUUUGAAACAAUGUGUGUCACCAAAGCUGAGUACGAGGAGCUCGGAUCCGCCAGGUGUCGCAGGAGAUUUUUUCACUAGUAUGGAGAUCUUUAUGGUAAUUAUUCAGUAGUCAAUAUAUAUAGAUUUUUUCCCAUCGUCUCUCCUUCUGUUCGAUUGAUUCGAAACACUUGAUACUUUUAAAGAAUGAGUUUCAUUUGUUUGUUCCAAUUAUGAAAAGAGAAGUAUACCCUAUU